CCCCUCUGCUUCUCGGUCGGCUCCGUGGCUCCCUUGCGCACUGAAGAUGGCGGCCGCGGCGGGAAGGUUGCUCCGGGCUUCGCUUGUCCGACACAGGAAUGCCAUUCCUUGGGGCAUUUCUGCCUCUGCAGCCCUUAGGCCUUAUGCCUCUCGAAGAAUGUGGUUGACAAGUGCAUUGUGGUCCAGUUCCAGUCAAGCAAAAUUCACCUUUAGCACCAGUUCCUCAUACAAUUUCCCUGCUGUCACCCAGCAUGCGCCCUAUUUUAAGGGUACAGCCGUUGUCAAUGGAGAGUUCAAAGAACUAAGCCUUGAUGACUUUAAGGGGAAAUAUUUGGUGCUUUUCUUCUAUCCUUUGGAUUUCACCUUUGUGUGUCCUACAGAAAUUAUAGCUUUCAGUGACAAAGCCAAUGAAUUUCAUGAUGUGAACUGUGAAGUCAUUGCAGUGUCAGUGGACUCCCACUUCAGCCAUCUCGCCUGGAUAAACACACCAAGGAAGAAUGGCGGUUUGGGCCACAUGAACAUCGCACUGUUGUCAGAUUUGACUAAACAGAUUUCCCGAGACUACGGUGUGCUGUUGGAAGGUGCUGGUCUGGCCCUAAGAGGUCUCUUCAUAAUUGACCCCAAUGGAGUCGUCAAGCAUUUGAGUGUCAAUGAUCUCCCAGUGGGCCGAAGCGUGGAAGAGACCCUCCGCUUGGUGAAGGCAUUCCAGUUUGUGGAAACCCAUGGAGAAGUCUGCCCAGCCAACUGGACACCGGAUUCUCCUACAAUCAAGCCACAUCCGACUGCUUCCAAAGAAUACUUUGAGAAAGUAAAUCAGUAGAUCGUCCCAUGUGCACCUGCGGCUUCCCGUGCCAGAAAAGAACCACAGUUGGAACUCACUUUUAGCAUUUCAAAGAUGAUUAUUUCUAGAAGGCAAAAAAAAAAAAAAAAAAAAAAAUCAUGCUUAUAUUCGUAAAUAUUACUCUAAACGUUUUGUUUUUAUAACAUUGGCCAAGGCUUUUAAAAUGUGGUUAGCUACUAACACAGAGUCCUUCAUUGCCAGUGUGUGGAUGGCUAGCUAGUUUCUAUGGGACGUGUGGUUCACCUGUUUCUUGGAUCAUGUCUUCAGUGGGAAAAGGAAACAACUCUUCUUGCUUAGCCUUACUUGAACCGUGGUGUACACCAGAGUAGUACAACGAGCAUUGAAAGCUUCUAAUCAAGGGUCCUGAAAUUUUCUUCUUGAAUCUCUAUUAAAUCGAAUUUUCUUUUAAGGUAACAGAGAUCAUAGUUUUAAGUUGUUAGCAUCAGUGGUCUAAUUUAACUCUUAGAGUUUAUUUGAUUGAAGCAACUGUGAAUCAUGUUUUUUAAAAAAAACUUAUGGUGGCAAAGUGACUUAACUGAUCAUGCAUGUUCCCCAUCCUAGAGAUUUAUCGUUUAUAUAGUUACUUUACCUAUUAUGUUAGCUGACCUAGUGUCUACCUGCAUUUCUAAUAUUGAUUGGGUGUAAUUAUAAAGGCUAUUUAUUGAAUCUAGGAAUUGCAUUUUGAAUUUGAAUCCUUCAUGCAUUUGAACCAUUGUAAUUAUUUUCUUUCCUGAAGUGCCCAAUGUAAAAAAAUAUAAUAAAGGACAGAUUUUAAAAUA